AAUUGUGGGAUGUUUCCGGUGACCUCGCCCUCCAACACGGAAGAAACAAAAAUAAGUGAAUAAGAGCCGAUAACUUGUUCACCUUUUAUAGAUUCUAGAUCUAGAUCUAGAUUAGUCAUUGUCGGUCACAACACAAGUGAAAAGUAUGGAAGGCAAAGAAGUGCAGUCUGUGUUGUCCCGGUUGGAAGCCGUUACUACACGUCUUGAAUCACUGGCAUCUCUGUCUCCUACAUCGGCACAGGGUGAUACCUCAUCUGAUGCUGUGUCUCCAUUUGUCCUUGCUUUUGAUGAAAUCAUCUCUGGACCUCUAGCUAAAUACCUUUCGUUGUCAAAUACAGUUGGAGGAGAUGUUAAAACCCAGGCAAGCCUAGUGAAGUCAGCUUUUGAAGCUCAGAGAGCUUUUCUUGUUGUUGCUUCUAAAAGUAAACAGCCAGAUCAGAAUGCCUUCAUGCAACUCUUGCAGCCAUCAGCUUCCAAGUUGCAAGCAGUGCAAGAAUUUCGCGAGAACAAUCGUAGAAGUGAACUUUUUAACCAUUUAUCUGCCAUCAGUGAGUCAAUAGCUUCCCUUGGAUGGGUGACUGUUACACCUGCUCCUGGUCCCUUUGUCAAGGAGUUGUCAGAUGCAGGGACAUUCUAUACAAAUAGGGUACUGAAAGACUACAAAGAGAAAGACCCUAAUCAUGUGGAGUGGUGCAGAUCUUGGAUUGCAACGCUGACGGAGCUGCAGAACUACAUUAAACAGUAUCACACUACAGGAUUGUCUUGGAAUCCAAGGGGAGGAGAUGCUAAAUCUGUUAGUGCUUCUUCUGCUGCCACCCCACCUCCUCCCCCAGCUGGAGGUGGUCCCCCACCACCACCUCCACCCCCAGGGCCACCACCACCACCAGACAUGAGUUCAAGCUCCAGUAAGAAGGAUGAUGAUGCUAAAGCUGCCCUGUUUGCCCAGCUUAACAAAGGAGAGGAUGUAACAAAAGGUUUGAAAAAAGUUACUGAUGACAUGAAGACUCACAAAAAUCCAACAUUACGUCAAGGUCCUGCUCCUUUCAAGCCAACUCCUGGGGCUAAGCCACAGACCUCCCCCAAGCCAGGGGCCAAAAAUGCUGUGGCACCUGUUAAGCCUCCCCUCAUCGAACUGCAAGACAAGAAAUGGGUUGUUGAAUACCAUAAAGACAACAAGAACAUUAUCCUUGACAACACUGAGAUCAAGCAGACAGUUUACAUUUACAAGUGUGAAGGCUCAGUGAUACAGGUCAAGGGCAAGGUCAACUCAAUCAUUUUAGAUUCAUGUAAAAAGACAGCAGUGGUGUUUGAUGACCUUGUUUCUUCUGUGGAGUUUGUCAACUGUCAGAGCAUGCAGGCGCAGGUGACUGGUAGAGUUCCGACAUUGAGUAUUGACAAAACUGAUGGUUGCCUGGUUUACUUGAGCCCCACUUCUCUGGAUGUUGAGAUUGUGACUGCCAAGUCCUCAGAGAUGAAUAUUUUAGUGCCACAGGGAGAUGGAGAUUAUAAAGAGUUUGCCCUCCCAGAACAGUUCAAGACAAAAUAUGAUGGUAAAACCAUGGUAACCACCAUAUCCGACAAUAUAUAAACAACGUAGAAGCUCCUGAUGCAGCCUACAGCUUUUUUUGCAAUGAGAAAGAUAACUGGAAGGAUGAUUGAGGAGCAUAUUACCUUCAAGAACAACAUGUACCCUUUGGUCCGCUCAAUUUCUUUCUUUGCUUAAUUUAUAAGAGAAAAAAAAAUACAACAUUUAGUACAUUUUGUUUCCAUUUCAUUUAUUUACCAUGUAGAGUUUACUCUGGUGAUGUGGCUUUUGUCUGACCUGCUGAUCUUGCAAUAAUAAGUGACACUUUGGAAUCAUAUCUUAACUUGUAUAAUGUAGAUAAAUCACAUUGCCAAAUAGCCUUGUGUACGUGCUGAUAAUUUACUACUAGAGUGCCACAUUAUUUAUUUAAAUAUAUUCAUGUAUAUCAAAGGCAUUAUAUUCAAUUGUAAUCUUUCUCUCUUUCCCUAAUUUAAAACAUUAAUUUUAGACCAAAAAAAAGUAUUAGUUUCUAUUUGUUGCUAGCGAUGAUUUUGCUGUAUCAUUCACUUUUCUGUUUAGUGCUCUUCCCUGCAGCUUAUUCUAUCUUUACAGUUUUCUCACAUUUCAAAUAAUUUUUUAAGUGAUAGUAGGUUUCAUGACUAUUUUUACUUCUAAAUCAAUCACUUGAUAAAAAAAAAAUAGGAUCAAACUUCAAGAACAUUUUUUUUUUACAUUUGGUAAAAGAAUAUGAAGAUGAUCUUUCACUUGCAGAUUCAGUUGAUCAAGCAUUGCUUCUACAUUUAAAAUUAGAACAGACAUUUUAAAAAAAGAUAAUGAGUCAUCUGCUGAAGAACUUUUAAGAUCUGUGAUGUGACACAGACUUAGCUAUGUAAACUGCUAACUAUUAUUUUUUUUUUUACCUAGGUUGACAAAUUUAUCUUAAUAAAAGCUGGAUACUUUUAUUCCAUUUUUUUAAAAAAUAAGAAUUUAGGUAUCAGUAGAUUCUUAUGUUAACGAAUAAUUGCGUGUGUAUUAUAAAUACUACAAUUUCAUACUGCGCUGAUUAGUCUUUUACAUACUUGUGACAAGCUAUUACAGUGAAAUAAAAUGGAAUAGAUGCAAAUGAAAUGUAUUAAGGGCUAGAAAUCAGUUGUGAUUUUCUAUCUCAGAAUAACAUCAAUACAUGAAAUUGAAAAAAGUAUGUGUGGGUUUUUUUUUUUUUUUUUUUAUUUUUUUACUAAAGGCUAAUGCAGUACAUUGGUUUGGCAAAGUCACAGCCAUCUUAAGAUUUGUUUACCUUCUUGUGAUUGAAAAAAAUUGUUUAUGGGAAUUGUUUAGAGGAGGAUAACUGUUUAUGAAGUAACUUCAGCCUCUCCAUUUUUUUUUACUUUUUAUAUUUAGCUUUAAAAAUCAGUUUGUCAUUAUUAUUAUUAUCAGUAUAUUCAGUAUAUAUCUUGGGUGCCUUGAAACAUUUCUCUGUUUAUGUCUUAUGUACCUUGCCUGUUGCUUAACACCAGGAACUUUUGGAAAUGCAAGAAUGACAUGGGGGACCUUGACAGAGGUUAGCUGACUUUUUUAAAAAGAUAAUUCUGUUAAAACCGUUGUUGUUGUUUUGUUUUUUUUGUUGUUUUUUUACUUAAUAUUAAUGCUAAAGGCACUAGUACAAUAACUUCAAAAUGAACUAAAAUUAAACAAUUUUAAUCAAUAUUUCCUUUAAAAAUAAACAGUGUCUACUUUUAUGUUGUAGGUACAGCUUAACAUCUUUAUAAGAGAAGAGGUAUCAACCUGUAUAGAACACCUACUUCCAUUCUAUUUAGUAUGGUUUGGCAUGUUAGCUGGUUAGAUAGACAUGCCAUGAAUAUUCCUGUAACUUGUUUGUGUUUCUAAAUUCAUUGUAAAGUUUUUUUUAUCAGUUUAAACAACUGUUAUCUCUAUUUGUUGAUGUUAUGUAAUAACAAAAUUAUAUUCUAACCAUUUUUUUUUUGCACAGGUUAUUUUUUUUGUUUGUUUCAUUUGAAAUGAAAUAAAUGGAUCAAUUUGCAAAAUACAUUUAUUUUAUUGUUUUGAAUUUUUAACAUGCUUUUUCUUUUAAGCAAACACACUUUGACCAUUACAAAGAUUUUUUUUUUACUUAGCAAUAUACUGAUUUUAUUGCUGUGAUUGUUUAGGAUAAUUUGUUGUCGAUAGUUUGAAAAUUUUGCUUCUUUUUUUUAUUUUCAGAAGCUGCAUUUCAUUUAUUAAAAAUAUUGCAUGUAUGAAAAUUAGAUUGCAAACAUAUUGAAAUUAUUUUGUGAAAAUAAAGUUGGAAGCAUG